AUACCCCGCACCUUCUUACGCCACCUAGUUUACACACACACAGAUUCACAGUUUCUAGGUUUCUUCGCUCUGUUAUCCUCAACCCCUCAUCCCCAGCACUCAUCAUACCCCCAAAAUCUGAAAAACCUUAGUAUAUUGCAAAAUUUUAAUAUAUUCAGUAGUUUAAUUAGAAUCCAGCAUAUUCUACUGUCAAUAAGUUAAAUAUUUUGAAUUUGAAUGGCGUCUUCGCCGGCGAAUUUGUGGGUAUUGCUGGGGCUAGGGCUGGCGGGAAUACUCAUAAUGACUAAGAAGCUGAGGAGGGUCGUGAAAGCUGAUUUUGGUGCGUUUAUUGAGCGGCUGGAGCUACUGCCGCCGCCUCAGCCCGCCCCUCCCAAAGCCCCCCACCCUCUUACAGGCCUCUCCUUUGCCGUCUCUGAUGUAUUAGAUAUUGAAGGAUAUCUGACUAGCUUUGGCAAUCCAGACUGGUCGAGGACUCAUGAGGCUGCUUCCCAUACAUCUCCCGUGGUUGCUUCCCUUAUUGAUGGAGGUGCCACGUGUGUCGGAAAAACUGUCGUGGAUGACAUGGCAUUAGGUAUUAGUGGAGAAAAUAAGCAUUACGGAACACCCACUAAUCCUGCCUCACCAGCACGAGUGCCAGGAGGAGCCUCUAGUGGUGCUGCUGUAGCCGUGGCUGCUAACAUUGUUGAUUUUUCUUUAGGUAUUGACACUGUUGGUGGUGUGCGAGUGCCUGCGGGAUAUUGUGGUAUAUUAGGUUUUCGGCCAUCUUAUGGAACCGUCUCACUUUCAGGGGUAAUUCCUGUUUCCACAAGUCUUGAUACUAUAGGAUGGUUUGCGAAGGAUCCGAGUAUACUUCGUCGUGUUGGACACGUGCUAUUACGGGUUCCAUAUGCUACCCAACGUAAUCCUAGGAACAUUGUGAUAGCUGAUGACUGUUUUCAGUUAUCAAAACUUCCUAUCACUCAGGUGGUGGUCAACUCCAUGGAAAAGCUAUAUGGAAGGCAAGCAUUGAGGCAUGAGAAUCUUGGUGACUAUCUAAACUUGAAUGUUCCAAGCUUAAACGCAUUUAAUGUUGGGAAAUCAAAUGGUGAAGUAAAAUCUUCUUCCAUAAGAUUACUAGCAAAUGUCAUGCAGAUGCUUAAGAGGCAUGAAUUCAAACAAAAUCAUGGCGAAUGGUUAAACUCAGUAAAGCCUUCUCUGGAUCCUGCUAUCUCAGCUCAAAUACCAGACGUGCUUGAGUUAGCCGAUACAGAAAUUGAAAAAAUUCACACAGUUAGGAGUGAAUUGCGUUCAGCUCUGAAUGCCCUUUUAAAGGAUGGAAUACUAGUGAUCCCUACUUUUGCUGAUCCUCCUCCAAAACUUGGUGCAAAGGAGAUCCUGUCGGAGGAUUACCUGGUCAAAACAUCUGCUCUUUCAAGUUUAGCCAGCAUGUCAGGCUGCUGCCAGGUUGCAAUACCGUUGGGAUUCCAAGACAAAUGUCCUGUCUCUGUUUCCUUUUUAGCCGGGCAUGGAAGUGACAGAUUUUUGCUGGAUUCCCUGCACACUGUAUAUGCAACUCUCCAGGAGCAACUCGAUGUAGUCAAAAAAUCAAAAACAUCAAAUAAUGCUGUUACCCGGGAAGCAUCAGCAGAGUUGGCUAAAGAGAAGGGUAACCGAGCAUUCAAAGAUAAACAGUGGCAGCAGGCCAUUGGCUUUUAUGCAGAAGCUAUCAAACUCAACAGUAGCAAUGCAACGUACUAUAGUAACAGGGCGGCAGCAUAUUUGGAACUGGGAAAUUUCCUCCAAGCUGAAGCAGAUUGUAGUAAAGCCAUUGAUCUUGAUAAAAAGAAUGUAAAGGCCCAUUUAAGAAGGGGAACAGCACGGGAAAUGUUGGGAUACUAUAAAGAAGCAAUGGAAGAUUUCAGAUAUGCACUUGUACUUGAGCCAAACAAUAAAAGAGCAGCUCAGUCGUUGGACAGGCUGAAGAAUUUAUUUCUAUAGAUGAUUGGAAUGUACGAGGAUGUAGGAACACUUACUCUUGGCCGAACAUUUUCUCGUGUAAACUGCCCAUCAGUCCAUCAUGGAGCAGGGGAUACAUUUGCACAUUUCGAACGCCCACAAGUACUUCAAGAAGCAGGUGAACCAAUCAAUCUUGACCGCUUUGUUGGUCGUGAUAAUUCUAAGCAGUCGUCGUUUGUUGUCAGUAUAGAGCGAUUUUGUCUUGUUUAUGUUGCAUUCAGGUUGUAACUCUAGAAGUCAGCUAAAGUUGAUUUUUGGUAGUAUAUCAAAAUUUCCAGAAAUAUUAUUUAUUUCAGCUCUGUUGGUGCGAAUAAUGAUGAAUAUGACCCUGUAUGAUUAGGAUUAUUUUCCCUCAUGGAGGAAUACAUUUUUGCAUCACUGUUUGGCAUUAGGAAAAUUGAAUCUUCUAA